AUGACCGAGGCUUUCCAUAAUGCCCUAGGUGGGCCUUCGUCCAAAGAAAGAAAAUAUGACCGCCAACUACGCUUAUGGGCUACUAGUGGUCAACAAGCUCUUGAAAACUCCUGGGUCCUUCUAGUGAAUUCAGACGGACCUUGGACCGCCCAAAACACCGGUGUAUCAGGGGUAGCGGGCGUGGAGACUCUCAAAAACCUCGUGUUACCGGGGAUUGGAGGAUUUACCGUCGUUGAUCCUGCUGUUGUCACCGAAUCAGACCUCGGGGUGAAUUUCUUUCUCGAAGAAGGGAGUUUGGGCAAACCCAGAGCCGAAGAGACCUGCCGGUUGUUACGAGAACUCAAUCCCGACGUAGAUGGCAGCUUCCAUCAAAAGCCGGUUACAGAGCUUUUACAGGAUCCUGCCUUUCUCCCGACGCAUAAGCUGGUCGUGAUAUCGGGUCCCAUGAAAAGCUCUUCUCUAGACGCUCUCUGCGGCGCUGCUAGAGAGUAUAAUAUUCCCGUGAUCUAUGUGCGUUCUGUCGGAUUCUACUCUAGCUUCUCUGUCCAGCUCCCGGCGCUGUUCCCUAUUGUAGAGACACACCCGGAUCCGGAAACGACACAGGAUCUCCGUCUUCUCACUCCUUGGCCAGAGUUGACUGCAGCGGCUGCUAGUGUCAGCAACUUGGACAGCAUGGAUGACCACCAGCAUGGCCAUGUGCCGUACAUAUUAUUACUCCUUCAUUACCUGGAGAAGUGGAAGCAAACGCACAACGGAAACGUUCCUUCUAACUACAAGGAGAAGUUUGAGUUCAGGGAGAUGGCACGGUCAAGCGCGCGAACAAAUAAUCCUGAAGGUGGCGAAGAAAACUACGAUGAGGCGGUUGCCGCAGUGUUGAAAGCGUUAAAUCCGUUUAGUUUGCGCAGUUCGGUUCGCGAAGUAUUCGAGACGGAGGAAUGCAUGAACCUAAAGCCAGAAUCUACCGACUUCUGGAUCAUCGCAGCAGCUGUCCGAGAAUUCUAUGACAAGCACAAAGUGUUGCCUUUAUCAGGAUCAUUACCCGAUAUGAAAGCUCAGUCAGCCGACUAUGUUGCUCUUCAAAACAUCUAUAAAAUGAAGGCGCGAAAGGACAUGGAAGAGGUGACCAACAUCGUUAGGAAACUCGAAUCACAGUUGGAAGGCUGCCGCUUUCUUGAAGUCCAGGUUAAAGAGAUUGAACUCUUCUGCAAGAAUGCCGCCCACAUCAAGGUUAUCAAGGGCCGUGCUAUUCCCCGCAUAGAUAACGAUGCCCACACGCUCAAAAUGAUUCGAAAUAACUUGAGCAAUGCAGAAUCCAGAAUUCCUAUUUAUAUCGCAUUUGAAAUUCUGGAUAGCGUCAUCACAGAAGUUCAAGGGAACAACCUUACCGAGUUGUUGGAGAAUGAAACAGUGUGGAGUACCCACGUCAAUCGUAUCAUCGAUACGCUCAAUCGCGAUGAUCCAGCAACCGUUGAUGAUGAUGCACGCCAACAAAUCCUGGAUGCCGUCCAAGAGCUACGACGCACCGAAGGUGGCGAGUUACACAACAUUUCCGCCCUUACAGGAGGACUAGUCGCUCAGGAAGCACUAAAGGUACUUACCCGGCAGUACGUGCCUUUGGAUAACACUUGCAUUUUUGACGGUGUGCGAAGCAGUAGUGAGAUGUAUAGGCUAUAA